GGCGGACAGAAGCCUCCCUGCUCUCCGCUCAGACAGCAUCAGUUGUCGCUACAGCAGGCAGCGGAAGGUCUCUCCGGUGUUCAAGGACAUUUAGGACCGAGGUUUCCUUUCAGGUGUCACUUUUUCAGACCGACAACAAUGAAGACAUCCAACAGUCAGCCCGCGGCAGUUAGUAGGAACCCUUUCAUCCACGAGCUGAAGUUUACCAUGACAGACAAAAUAAAGAUUGGACUCAUGUCAGUUACAGUUUUUCCAGUGCGGCUGCUGCUUGUCUCUUUCUUCAUGUUGCUGGCAUGGCCCUUUGCCUUCACGGCUGCACUUGGACGUUCUGACCUUGUCCCUGAUCCACAGUCAUGGUGGAGGAGAUUGAUAGAUCUUUGUCUACGGGUCAUCAUGCGAGCCAUGUGGUUCUGUGGUGGUUUCCAUUGGAUCAAGGUGAAAGGGGAGCAGGCUCCGCCCUCAGAAGUUCCUAUCCUCACUGUAGCCCCGCAUUCCUCCUAUUUCGACGCAAUCCCAGUCACCAUGACCAUGUGCUCUAUUGUUACCAAACUGGAGAGCAGGAGCAUUCCAGUCUGGGGCACUCUGAUCAGCUACAUCAGACCCGUGUUCGUGUUCCGGUCAGAUCAGCAAUCCAGAAGAAAAACUGUUGAAGAGAUCAAACGAAGAGCCCAGUCUGCAGGGAAGUGGCCCCAGAUCAUGAUAUUCCCUGAGGGGACGUGCACCAACAGGUCAGGUCUCAUCUUAUUCAAGGCUGGUGCUUUCAUCCCAGGAUUCCCAGUGCAGCCAGUGGUGCUACGAUACCUAAACAAACUGGACACUUUUUCGUGGACAUGGCACGGCCCUGGAGCGUUAAAGAUUUUAUGGCUCACUCUGUGUCAGCCUCAUAACUCCGUAGAGAUUGAGUUUUUACCCGUCUACUAUCCAUCAAUGAAGGAGAGGGAAAACCCUGCUCUGUUUGCCAGUAACGUCAGGAAGCUCAUGGCCAAGGCAUUGGAUGUGCCCCUCACAGACCUGUCCUUCGAUGAUCGGGAGAUCAUCCUGUCACGUGGCCCGCUGCGAAUACACGACUGCAGCAGCCUGCUGCACUUCAACCAGCUUGUAUGUCGCCUGGGGUUAAAAACAGGGACCACAGACAACAUGCUUGAAGAGGAGGCCAGAAGAGCCACAAAGCUACAAGGGGAUAGAUUGGGACUGGAGGACUUUGCCCAGUUUCUCAACCUCCCAGUCACAGACACGCUUCGACAAGUCCACAGCCUCUUUGAUCAGGCUGGUGAUGGAAAGAUAGAUGUCAGACACUAUAUCAUCGCUCUGUCUACUGUACAGUGGCCUCAUAAAUCCAUGGACACAUUAAAACUGGCUUUCAAGAUGUAUGAGAAUGAGGACAGCGGAGAAAUCGCGGAGGAUGAUCUGGCUGUCAUCUUGGAAAUAAUGUUGGGAGUAAAAGAAGUGGAGCUUUCUCCUCUGUUUCUUCAACUUCAAGCAUCCGACAUGCGGAAGAUCACUUAUGAUGAGCUUCAGUGUCUCAUAAAGCAGCGCCCACACUUCUCUGUGGAUUGCCUCAAUUUUAAGGAUCAUCCACGUAGCGACUGCACCGGUCGACUCCAGAGCUGCAACGGACAGAGCCACAACAAAGACAACUAAAUGACAGAGUCUGUUUUCUUGUGCCUGGUUUGAUGGUUAUAUCUAGAUGUUGUAGAUUCACUGCCACCUCUGUGCCUUAAAGUGCUGGUAAAGAAAAAGCACAUCUUUGAUGGAGUUGUCUGUGUUCCAUGUCUUCAUUCAGUUUUCUUUUUCUUACAUUUUUUGAGAACAUAUGUAAAGAAGCGUUUUGUUUUAUAUCAUAAAUGACCUAUUUAUUUCUUCAAAUAAACAGGAAGCCAGUCAAUUUUUAAAGUAGCUUUUUUCUCAGUAGAAAGCUCUCAGGUACAGCAGACACCACCUCAUCGGUCUUUGCUACUGAUUGAAAACAAAGAAGCAAUAAUUCAGGUAAAAGAAAACAAAAAAGAAUACUACAAUUGUGGCUUUACUGUAAAAUCAACUGUUAUAUGCAAGGAGCAAAACUGGUUUCUGAUUAUUUUAUUACUUGCUUAAGAAUGAGAAAACAGGUGAGGAUUUUUAAAAAUACUGUAGUUUUUUUUUUAAAUAUUCACUGUUGAAACUGCUUCUUAGUGGUAAUGCAUGUAAAAUAGCAAAUGAUGUAAAGAAAAGCUAAGACCAAGGACAUAUUAGUCUGACUGCCUGAAUGCAGAGCUCAACUCUGUGGUGAAAAAAUACAUUUUCAGCUGCAACAGCAUAAUGUUGUUGCUGUUUUACCUUUAUCUCAAAGUAGUUAUUUCAGUUAAAAGAAGGGCAGGACCAUGCUAGGCUAAUAUUCUUAUUUUUUUUAUUUAAUACCUUUGAAACAUUUCCUGUUUUUGUUUUUUUGGUGUUUCUCUGCAUUCUGUUUUUUUUUUUUUUCUGGAAAAGUUGAAAAGUCAUUUUCCACCCUUUGACUGCAGUAUCACUGUCAUGAUUCACUGUUGUUUCUGAACAGGAAUCAUUAGCACAGAUAUCAGAUCUCUGUGCUGUUGUUACACAAUUAAAACUCUUUCACUUGUA